CUUGAGGGAGGGCUCUAUUUUUUUGCAUAUGCAGAAUUAGGUUGAAUUUGCUUUCAGUACAACCACAUCCUGCACUGAGCCUAAGAAUAUAGUGCUAUAUCCAGAACCGACCUGCAAGAACACGAGGGAUCGCGAAACGCGAAGCACAAACAAAACCGUAUGUGGUAACAGAUACAGACCUUCAUGAGUUUCGGAAUUCCGAUGAGCGGCUUGCCCUGCUGGUCCCUUGGGGCAUGGCCGUCGGCAAGCAAGCGCGGCGUUCCGCUUCACAGCAGUGCGCUGCCCAGCCGCCGGCUGUCCAGAUGCUUACGGCAUUACCUGCAAGCCGCAACGUCAUCAUCCAGCGGCGAUCCAGGCCCAUUUAGCCUCGACCCUCGGCCGCUUACCCGUGGUUGGAGCGAUACAGAGGAACGGAGUUGGCGAACGUCUCCAAGACCCCAACCGCGAGUCGCGUUCAACAAACCAACUCCGGUGACGCGCGGUGCUCAUCAUGAGCCCCCACCACACAAGGAAGGCCAGCUGGUGGAGGGAGUCGUCGUGCGCAUCGAACCCUAUGGUGUGUUCGUGGAGGAAAGCCAGCAGGAGGGCGGCAGCAGCAGCAGCGGCGGCGGAUUCCGCUGGUUGCUGCACGUGAAGAACAUGAGCUCGCAGUACGUGUUCACGGCACCCGACCACUUCCGACUUGGAGACCGGGUGGUUGCGGUUGCGAUGAAGACGCCGGAGGAUGUCCAGGGGGGGGGCCGGAACCAUCUGAGCACGAAGGAGCUGGAGCGGGAGCCGGGGGAGUUCCUGACGGAUCGAGAAGGCGUGUACGAACGCGCCCCGGAAACGCUCGCCAUGCGGCAGCAGGCGGCGGCGGCGGCACAGCAGCAGGCAGCUGACCCCCAGCAGUCCAAGCCAGCUGACCUCCCUGACGCCGUUUGGGAGCGCCUCAAAGUCGGCGCGCUGGUACCAGGUGUGGUGGAGAGCGUACAGCCCUCGGGCGUGGUGGUGCGUGUUUAUCUACCCUCAUUCGAUCUGGAGGGGCCCCGUUGGAAACGCAGGUUGACCAUCACAAAUCAGCGACAUAGCAGAGCAUAUGACACCGGUAGCGGCGUGAUGCCCGGCAGUGCUGCUGCUGCUGCUGACGAUCUCGACACAGCAAACAAGGGCGGCCGCAACUCAUCAGGGCAGGGCUCAUCAGCAGACGCAGUGAAGCUUUUUGGUGAAGCUGCUGCUGCUGCUGCAUCAUUGACGGGUCUGCUGCCCACUGGCGCCAUCAGCCGCUUCCGGGGCGUCGUACCGGAGGCGCUGUUCAAGCCGGGAGAGCUGGUGUAUGCACACGUACAGGAGCAGCAGCGGGAGGCUGGGCGGCUGAGGCUGACAAUGAGAGACCUGGAGACCAUUCCAGGUGACAUCGUCCUCUUCAAGGAGCGCAUAUUUGAAAAGCAUACAUAUGCGGAGUUCAUGGGCUUGGAGGCGCCCCUCUCACCAGUUGAGUGGGACGAAGUAGUGGCUGCCAAGGAAGCGAAAGAAGGCAAGCCGCGAUGGCUCAAGGUCGGCCGGUUGGCGUAUGGCGUGGUAACAGACCUCACGGACACGUGUGCCUUCCUGGCCCUUCCGGGCUCCAACCACAGUCAAGCUGUCCUGCACCUGCGCGACUUGUCAUACCUGGUGCCUGCUGCAGUGGACCCGAGUGAUGGGGAAAGCGGCCCCACGGUAACAGCUGCUACUGGGGACAGCAUUGAGAGCCAGGAUACACCCGCAGCUACGGAAGAAGCUGCAGCUGCUGCGGCUGCGGCUGCUGCUGCCCCAGUGCAUUCCAUGCGCAACUACCUGAGGAUUGGUGACCGGAUGGCGGGAAUCGUCAAGAGCCUGCCCCAGCACUUCUCAGAUGACUCCAAUGUGGUGAUCAGCACCUGCGAUCUGGAGUACUUACCAGGGGACAUGCUGCGGGACCCUGCAUCAGUUUACAUCCAGGCUAGCUCACGCCAUGACGAUUUCAGGAGCCGCGCGAACCAGCUGUGGGAAGCACUGGGCAGCGAGCUUGCUGACAGGCGACGCAUGGACAACCUGCCCUCCCUAGCUGCCAUGCAGCACUGGCUGAAGGCCCAGCAGCGGAACAGCAACGGAGUUCCCGUGCCUGCUGCAGCCCUGGCUGGGGUGCCCGUCGUCCCAGAGAAGCUGCCUCACAAUGAUGGCAGCGUGACGGGGAUUUCAGCAGCUGCAGCAGCAGCACCUUUGCGGGCUGCUGACGAGUCGUCAGCAGCGUUGGUGGCAGCAGCAGAGCAGGCCUGCCAGCGUAAGGGUGCACUGUGGCUGGAGACGGCUGCCUGGGUGCAGGAGGUGUCAGCGGAGGGGUUAGAGCUGCAACGCACGCUAUGUGAUGAGGCCGGCAAGCUUUUUGAAGGCAACGUCGCUUCGGCGGCCAAGGAGGAGGCGGGUCAAGCAGCCCCAGGGGAUGAGAAGGAACGUCAGCAGCAGCGCCGGCGUGUUGGAGACCGCCAGGAAGCCAAGCCGGUCCGCCCGGGCCUGAUGGACUGGACGGUGGUUGCGGUGACCCCUGAGGGUGCCCUGAUGUCCAAUGACUUGGCAUACGGCUACCUGCACGCCACUAAACAUAUUUGCUUUGUUAAAAAGAUAUGUUAUGUUGUGCUAUAAGCAUCGAUCCUCACCCCCACCCACCCCCACUAUUAUUCUUCUUAUUACCCGGCAGGCGACAUGCUCCAAGACCCGCAGCGGGUAUUUCAGGAGGUGGCGAAGAAGUACGGCGGGUGCGGAUUUGCCUGCCAUUAAGCUGCUGCCCAACCCACCAGCAGUGCGGGGGCGGAAAUAAACUCUGAGCGCUGCCUAAGCAAGUGAGCGGGGUUUGGUGCCGGUAUGUACCGGUAUGUGGGUACUACGUUGCUGGUGGUAGGCUUGCUUACCAGCAGCACCUACCGGUAACAGGAUGUUACACAGAUCAUGAGGUAUUCACAUGCAGUAAUGGCGCGAUAACAUGUUGAGGCGAAGCAUUUGCACGGCAGUUUAUAAAGUUUCCAAAGACUGUGGCAUACCGGUUGUUGGAGUACGGGAGCCAACGUGCGGUGCAUGGGUGUGGUGGUGGUUGGCGCAGAGCCCGUCUUGCACCCGGCCUUUCCGGUUGCCCUGAAUGAGGGCGUCUACUGGUCUGGUGAGAAGAUUUAUUUAGUUUAGGGGAAGGCGUCCAUCCCUUGGGAAGGCAGCCAUUGCUUACAUGACGGCAUGUUGGUUUUGAAGCGGUACCGGAAGGCAUAUCCUUCUAGACCGCCACUGGUGUUGGACGUCAGUCCUGGUUGCCGCCAUGGCAGCAGUCUGGACGGGAGUGAGUGUGUGGUUGAAAGCUGGCUGCAAGUCGGAACGUUACGGUGAUUGCAUGGGGGUUGCAUGGGGAUGCAUGCUGAAAGGCGGUGGACAGCGUCCAUGACAACGCAACUUGUUCUCAUGGUGCGGCGCACUAAAGAAGGAUAUUUUAACUUGUGUGUUACAGGGCUGGUUAGAAACAAUGUGAGGCUGCAUACUUGUUGCUGUGGAGGUAUAGUGUUGGUUGUUGCGGUAGUUGUAGCAGUCAGGUUCGCCUCGUGUCGGGUCUCACAUGCAGGAGGUCACCCUUGUCCUUGGAAAGCGAGCAGUUGUUAAAAGUGCGGUAUGCGGCACCCGAAAGCAAGCCUGCAUAGCCGGCAGCAGCCAGCUAGAUAGCCCGGGCGAGGGUUUAGGGUUGCGCUUCUGCGAGGGAACGCCUGCAAGCAUCUAGCUAGCCGGUCGAGGCAGCGCACUAGGGAGGCCUGCUGCUCGGUGACAUACACCGGUACACCCGCUGCUCGGUGUGGCACCCGGGAUACGGCAACUGCGUAGCUGGGAAGCAGGCCGUGGUAGCGGAAGGAUGAGGAAGGGAGGGACCGGGAGGAGCGUACAGCCGUGUAAGCCACGCAAGGGGUGUAACUGCAGAUGUCUG